GACGGAACAAAAUGGCUCAGGAGAACAUCUUCUUGUUUGUGCCCAACCUUAUCGGGUAUGCUCGCAUCGUCUUUGCAUUCGUUGCUUUUUACUUCAUGCCGACCUCCCCCGUCUUGGCCUCGACUUUCUACCUGCUGAGCGGAUUGCUGGACGCUUUUGAUGGACAUGCUGCCCGGCUGCUCAAUCAGGGUACCAAGUUUGGAGCCAUGCUGGAUAUGCUGACAGAUCGAUGUGCCACCAUGUGCCUACUGGUCAACUUGUCCCUCCUGUACCCUUCCUACACAUUGCUCUUUCAGCUUAGCAUGAGCCUGGACAUCGCCAGCCACUGGCUGCACCUUCACAGCUCCAUUCUAAAGGGCAGCGAGAGCCAUAAAACCAUCAACCUGGCUGGGAACCCAGUGCUCCGUCUCUACUACACCUCAAGGCCGGUGCUGUUCUUCAUGUGCGCUGGCAAUGAGCUGUUCUACUGCAUGUUGUACCUGCUGCACUUUACUGAGGGACCUUCAGUCAUCCUGGGUCCCGUUGGUGCCAUUGGUUUGUUCCGUCUCAUCGUCUGGCUGUGCUGCCCCAUCUCUCUCAUCAAGUCCCUCAUCAGUCUCAUCCACCUGGUCACUGCUUCCAGCAACAUCGCCUCCCUGGACUGCGCUGAACGAUCAAAAAAGAAAUAAGGGGGCGCUACCUUAUGUAUUUAGAACGUCCACGUGACCAUAUUAAUACUGUAAUCUCUUAUUACCCUUGAAUGGGGCAAUAUUUAGGUAUUAUACCCUCAGCAGGGCACACUCUUGUUUAAUGUUUAAGUUCUGCGGCGAAGGAGCGGACCAACUGUUUGUUCCAAGAUCUGACUCAGGGCCAAAGUUUCUAGCUCUUGUAUUGCUAAUGCAGUGUGACAUUGCCCCCCCUUAGGGUUAACCCUGUUAUGUUGCCCCCUUGAAGGGUGGUAUAUUUUGGCACAACUACAUUGCUAUCAGUCUUACUGCCGGACUAGAUCAUAAUGGAAGCAAGUAUGAAAUACAAAUCAGGGAAUGAGGGAAGCGCUAAUUGUUCUACUGUAAAACCUAUUUUUUAUUUCCAUGUUAGAAAUUGUUGGAAUGUGAUUUUUCUUUGAUGUUAUUUAUUCAUAAUUUGUUUUUUUUUUUAUAUAAUACUUAGGGAACAAGUGUUAAGUUUCCAUAGCACAGAGCAAAACUGAUACCAGAACUGCUCCCAGCAUUCUCUGCACAGCUUUAAAAUGUAAAAAUGGCGGCACUGGUUGGUAAGGAUGAAUGCAGCAGGGAUGGGGGUAGUUGCUACAUAAUACUUCUGGUUAUGUUCUAUACUGUCCGUGUGGGCACUGAGCCUGUCAGCAGGUCUGCAAGGUUUCAUUAAAUAGCAUUGUGGUGUAUUAGUUACCAUUAAAGGCCCAAUAAUCCCAAAUAAAAUGUAUGCCUUGCAUUGGCAGUGUAGCUGCAUUUAUGGUGGUGAUUGGCAACGGUUUUGAUCUAUUGUGUAUUUACAGCCCUCCAGUCUCACAACUGCUGGCCAGAGUCAUAAAUUGGGCCCAACAGAGUGCCGCAAAGUCAUCUUUGAGAAAUAUAGGUAUUUCUCUUCCUAUUAGAUUCUUUAUUUCUUUUAUUUAAGCCGCUAUCUUGUUGCUAGUGUUUGUGAUCUUGGCAACCAGAUAAUGGUUUCAAUGCAAAACAGGAAGAGUACGGAACCAAAUAGGUAAAUCGUUUAAAUGUGGAGGCCAGUUGCAGUCUCUGUUACAUUUGGGUGACAAUCACCAUCCCAUAGCCCUUAGUAGGGAGAAAUCAGCUGCAUUUUGACUGUUGCUAAAUGUUCCAUAGCCAUUAACAUUCAUUUAACUGCUGGGCCAGCAGUCACUUAUGGGACCACAAAUGCAAGGUCCAUGUACCAGUUUACUUCUGCAUUGUUGUUUUAUCACAGCAGCACCCCUCUAUCACUGUAUUAUUUCCAGUUACAUUUAUAUAAAGUUGUAUCAAUAUUAUAUCUGUGUACACUUCCCUGUUUAAUUCAUAUGGUUGGAUACGACAUGGAUCCCGUAAGCAGAUAGAGUAAUAAGAUGCACACAAUGGGACUUCUUAAAAGUAUUACAUUCUGAAAAGAGACCAGAAAUGGCUGUUUCCAUGCUUUUUUCUUCUUCUGCGGCUCAGUAAGUGGAGUAGGAAUUCAAAUUGUCAGUCCCAAACAUUAGCAUUUAAGAUUAAGGUUAUUCCUUCCCCUACUGGGGCCUAUGAAAUCUGCUGAUAUCAAUAAUAUUCACUGUAUUUUGUUUGUAAUGUGUUUCCUCCAAUGAAUUUGUCUGUGGGGCCACAUGUUCAAGGCACAGUUCACCUUCACAAUACAUAUUAUUUCCAUGUAGUCAUCCACGAACUAUGACCUCUAUCAGUCAAAUGUGUCCCUUAUAGAUAAGCUGCAGUGUUAGUACUACUGAUCCUUCAAUAGUUGGUGGUUGUGAUUGGGUGGUUACCAAACAGCUGCCUUUGUUUAUGGAUCUGAUGCUCUUUUGUGGUUAUUAUCCAAAGGCCUCUGCAAUAAUAAACCUAUAAUAAACAUGUUGGGAGUUG